AAAAAGGGUUAUUCCCACAUCAACCAGACAGAAUUCGAAGUGCGAGGACGCGAAGCGGAAGGAGAGCGAGAGAUAUAGAGAAGAUGUGCUGCGACUGUGAUUGUGAGUGCAGGCCCUUGGGGUUUCUCCUGGGUCUCCCCUUCGCCCUUCUAUCACUCCUUCUCUCAAUCGUCGGUGUCGUCAUCUGGAUCGUUGGGUUACUGCUGAGUUGUAUAUGCCCUUGCUGUUUCUGCGUGACGGUCUUAGUGGAGUUUGCGCUGGGGUUGAUCAAAGCCCCCAUUCACGUCAUGCACUGGUUCACCGAGCAGAUCCCCUGCUGAGGCCUGAGGAG